AUGAGAAUCACUCAUAGCGAUGCACGAAUCCCGUCACUGAGAGCUUCAAGUUUGAUGGUGACUGCUUCUGUGACUUCAAUCUUACUACUUACUUUGAUGUGCGGAGUUGUCUGUGUGGCCUCGUCACUCGAUUACACACAACAGGUCAACCAAACUGGGGGUCAUCGCAGCCAACCCGAUAAAAAAAUAAUAAUUUCAGUUCCGCUAGAAUCUACACCAUAUGGAUACAAGCAGAGAAUUUUCAUAGGAAGCAGUGAGAAAGAAUUUACUGUAAUGGUUACCUUGCGCCACUCCAUGUUAUGGAUACCAAGCAUCAACUGCACAGAAUCUUGCCGCGGCCGAGCAAAAUUUGACCCAUCAAACUCAAGUUCUUUCUUGAGGGAUGGCAGAAGUUGGACGUUAGAUAAUUAUGAUGGAGGUGCACAAGGAGUACUAGGAAUCGAUAGCGUGAAGAUGCAUGGCAAAUCGCCAUACGAACCUUACGAGGAUGGCCAGCUGUUUGCUCCAAAUUCCACUUUUGGGAUGGCUUCAAGUACAACUGGACGGGAGGGACUGGAAGGUGUGGACGGAAUGCUGGGUCUCGCAUCUCUCGCUGAUAAGGGCACAGCUAGCGCACCAUUCUUUCGUCAGCUCUACGAAAACGAUGCCAUAUUCCUGCAAAGGCUUCUCAUCCAUCUGAAGCAAUAUCCACAAGCCAGUUCGGAUGCAGGAAGUAUAGUUUAUGGGACAUCGUCAGAUAACAUCAAUUGUGAAGAUGCUGCGUUUAGCUUUAACGACUGGACGAAGGGCUCUUAUCAAUUCAGGGCCAGCCUUGCAAUGGGGAGCUUCGAAACGACAGUGUACUACUUGAUAAUGCCUGAGUUGAUACCCUUCAUUAUCGGUUCGCCAGCAGUCAUCGCAGAGAUAGCUGGGAUUGCUGGAGCUAAGUACGCCAACGGAUCUUACGUGGUUGAUUGCGAUGCUAGUAUACCAGAUCUUGAGAUAAGAGAAGCUGCACGUCCAUUAAUAAUUUUCAUCAAAUCGGACAAUCUUAUUACAAAGAAGGAAGACGUCUGCGUGCUUACAGUGAACUUUCACUUGAGCAUAGGCUUUGGACCAGACAUGUACCUCGGUGCCCCGCUCUUCAAAGAAUACUGCAUCGGUUUCGACUUUGGAUAUAACAUGUUUCACAUUUCUCACGCUAAGCGCGCAACCACUGUUAGCUCCACGCAUAGCCCUACUACAACUAAAACAAGGAUUACCACUCUGACGACAUCUCCAGCAACUACCACUCAUAGACUAUUCACGACAACUUCUGCUGAUUCAUCAACUGAGAAGCUAAGACUUAGUUUUUUCUUCAUCGUCUUUUUCAUAGGAGGAAGGUAGAAUUUGAUUAGAUGAUCCUCAUCAUUCUUCACAUUAUUUCCUUGUUUUGAGAACUACAACUCGAAUCUCUGAUAUGCAUUGAUCAGUUGUUCACAAUUUAAUAAACGUGUCAAUAUGC